CUCUUCUUCCUCGGCGGCGGCGGCGACGUAAACAACCCCGAGAUAAAACAAACUCCUCUUUGUCCUUCCCCGCGCUCCGUUCAUUCAUUCCGAACGGGGGAAUAGAGGAGGGCAGAGGGCAGACUGAGAUAAAACAGGGGGAUUAUACACUGUUGUAUAGUCUAAAACCCUUUAAAAAAGAAGGAAGGAGAGAUAAAACAGCCUCGUCUGCGUCCCUCCACUCGCACCUUUUCUCGCUUUCCAAACGGGGGAAUAAGAGGAGGACAGCGAGAGCCAAGAGUGUCAACAUGUUGUUCUUGUUCCUGGCAUUAGGUCUGUUGGCCCUUGGAGGAGCGAGCGCCGACGACCACGGAGUCAAUGCUGUGACCUUCACCUCGGACACUUUCGAGGAGUCGGUUCCCUCGAAGCCGCAUUUCGUGAUGUUUUUUGCGCCCUGGUGUGGCCAUUGCAAAAGGUUAAGUCCAACUUGGGAUGACCUGGGAAAGAAAUACAACAGCCAGGAGUCAUCAGAGGUUGUCAUUGGCAAAGUUGACUGCACACAACACACUGCACUUUGCUCCUCCCAAGAUGUGACAGGAUACCCUACACUGAAGCUUUUUGCGAAGGGUGUGGAAGGCGGCGUCAAGUAUCGUGGACCUCGAGACUUGGCUUCUUUGGAGAGGUUCAUUGCAGAACAGCUAGGAACAGAAGUAGAGGAUGAUGGGCAAGCUGCAGUCCCAGAUGCUCUCGCAGGGCUUGUGGAUUUCACAGACGCAACUUUCAAGACCGUGGUGGCUACUGGAAACCACUUCAUCAAGUUUUACGCUCCCUGGUGUGGCCACUGCCAGAGACUUGCCCCAACCUGGGAUAGUUUGGCCAAGACCUUUGAGCAUGAUAAGUCUGUGACGAUCGGAAAGCUGGACUGCACAAAGUACCGUGAGAUUUGCACUGAGUAUGAGGUCAAAGGCUACCCAACUCUCCUGUGGAUUGAGGAAGGGAAGAAGAUGGAAAAAUAUUCAGGAGACCGCAGCCAUGGAGACCUCAAGGCCUUUGUGGCAAAGAUGCUAGGAGAUGAAGCUGGAAAACAGAAGGAAGAUGAAGAUGCUGAUGGUCCUCGCUCCCCAGUUGUCGUACUCACCACUGAGAACUUUGAGAAUGCCAUUGAGCAAGGCUACACCUUUGUCAAGUUCUUUGCCCCAUGGUGCGGACACUGCAAGCGAAUGGCUCCUACCUAUGAAGAACUGGGUCGCAAAUUUGUGGGUCAUGAUAAGGUCAAAAUUGCUAAGGUUGACUGCACACAGGAAGUUAACAGAGGACUGUGUAGCCAGCAGAAGGUAAAUGGCUUCCCAACCUUAUUCCUUUACAAAGGUGGGGAACAGAUCAGUGAAUACACAGGUGACAGAUCCUUAGACGAUAUGGUUACCUUUGUGACAUCUCAUUUGGGCCACGAUGAACUUUAAAAUUGUUUAUUUAUUUAGAUUUGCCUUUUCUUUUUUUCUUUUUCCCCCAACUCCAGUAGUAGGUGUGUGAUGUUUUGAAGUUAAUGAAUGGGUAUGAAAAGUUUUUUUUUUUUCUUUCUAUUAAUGAUUGUGCUCAUUUUUUUCUCGCUUCCCAAUAACUGCUUUUUUAUAUACAUAACUUGCAUCAUCAGGGGUAAAAAUCCAAAAAUACAAAACAUAGAGCUUAAGGAUUGGGAAGAAAAAUGUGAUAAAGAGAGACAACAGAAUAGUUGAGAAUUUUUCCCUUGUUUUUGCAGAGAUGGGAAGCUUUUCUUUUUUUGUUUCUUAAUCUCGCCCUGUGACUUAUUUUUUUUUUUGCUCACUUAUGGUGUUAUUGAAAUGUUAUUUGUUACAUUUUGUAUUUGUGAUAAAUAUAAGGGAACCGAGAGAUAUGCUGUUUUUAUAACAUUAACCAUGAGUUCCAGGAAGAACUGGAACAAAUUUUAUAACAAAUUUAGGAUCUCCUUAUAUUCUCCAUAUUUAAUAAAUUUUGAAAUGUUGAA